GUGUGGUGACCUAUUCACCUAGCUGCGACACUUGCGUAUGAACCAGCCGCCGACAACGUGUCUCGUGGCAGGGAUUGUUCUUGGUGCAUCAUCUGCUCUACUCUCCUUGACGGCAGUUCACCUAUAACACUGUCCUUUACCUCUUUGCGAAACAACCUCGCUGUCUCCGCUCCUUUUCGUGUCUCGAGCUCUGAUUCUCCGCGAUGCCUGGAUUUGCGGACUCGUUCUGGACGCCCGACUACGCAAGUGGUCUGGGCGUCGUCUACGGGAAGCUCCAGCAGGGGAUUGCGGAGAACAAGCAGAUCCUUACCAUUGCGACGAUGCGAGCCGAUGCGGAGGAACUGUACAGUAACAAGAUUGGUGAUAUCGCACCUGCGGCGGAUCGGAUAUCGAACGGCUUUGGCAAGGAUGAUGGGGCUAGCGUGAGGAAGGCGUACGAGGGCGUCCGUGGUGAGAUGGUCGAAGCGGCAAAGGCUCACCAGAAGAUCGCGUCUAAUAUCCGAGAACUGGUGGUCGUCCCGUUCAGCCGCUGGUGCGACCAACACGAGGCCAGGGUCCAGAUCUCGCACGACGAACUGCAGGCGCGUAUCAAGGAACAUACCAAGCAGGCGGAUCUGGUGAAGAAGCUGCGCAGUCAGUACUUCAACAAGUGUCGACUGGUGGAGGACCUGGAGGAGGAGAACAAGCUUGCGUUCCAGAGUCCGGACUCGAGCCCCAAGAACAAGCCGCCGACGAUCGUUCUUCCCGAUGAACAAACGGAGGAGCCCGAACCGAUCGAGAUUGGUGACCUUACGUACGGUCCGGAUGAAUUGAAGAAGCUCCUCACCCAUAUGCUUGAGAAUAUCCGGCUGGGAGAAACGAAGGUGCCCGUUGUGGGUACUUACCAGAAUACGUCUACAGGCGUGGAGAUCGUGGAAUACCUCCAAAAGCACUUGAACGCAACUAGCAUCAGCUAUGCGGAGAGGAUCGGGCAGGACUUGGUCGACAACGGGUUCCUGCGCCUGGUGGGCAACAUGGGCAGCACUUUCGCAAACAGCUCCCGCAUGAACUACCAGUGGCGGCCAAAGGUGUUCCAGAUCACUGGGAUCCCGGAGAAGAAGAAGCCUCUCGCGCGUGUCGCGUCUGCUGGAUCCGUCGAUAGCUCGUCGGAAUCUCCGACUAUCUCUGCCGUCUCAGAGAUGCUGGCCGGCUGGAAUCCACUGAAUAACCCGUAUGCCAACGAGACGCAAUCUGAAAAGCUGCACCGGGAAGCCCGCGAGGCCGACGAACGCUACAAGGCGGCUGUGCAGAAGUUGGAUCAGUUGCGAUGCAGACUGGAAGAAGAGAUUGUCGAGAAUCUCCGUUUCAUGGAGCGGUGCGAGCUGGACCGUCUAAAGGCGAUCAAGUCUGUCGUUCUCGACUUUUCGGGUGCCAUCAGCAAUGUGAUCCCCAGCUUGCAGAGCACUGUGGACCACAUGAUGCUGUUCCAGGAGACCAUUCAGCCGCUGGGCGACCUGCGAUAUCUCCUGGAGAAUUACCGGACCGGUAGCUUCGUUCCAAAGGUGCAAGCCUACGAGAACUACUAUGGUUCUGUGGAGGAUCAAGUGUUUGGCGUGGACUUGGAGGCCAGGGCCAGGGCUGACCGGAAGCGUGUUCCUAUUCUUGUUACGACGAUUUUGACUUUCCUUGACAACCACUACCCGGACCUCGAAGGUGAUGAGGCACGACGUGCCAUCUGGCUUCACGACGUUCCUCUCGCGGCCACGCAUCAUCUUCGUAAUGCUCUGAAUUACGCCAAAACCGAUGCCCGUGAAGUGUUAGAGAAGUACGAGAUACCCAUUGUUGCGAGCGUUUUGAAAUUGUAUCUCCUUGAACUACCAGAUUCCCUUGUUUCUUCCCAAGUAUACGAGAUAAUCAAAACGAUCUAUUCCACUACUGCCCACGAGACCACCGAAGAAGGGCGGAUCAAGGUCCUGCAGAGCACCCUUGGCCAGCUCCGUCUCAACAACAUUGCCACGCUUGAUGCGAUCAUGACUCAUUUUACUCGUUUAAUCGACCUGACCUCUGCUGAUGAGGCAUACAUUGCCGCGUUGGCUCAGACUCUGGCUCCCUGCAUUCUGCGCCCUCGGAUUGAGAGCAGCUUGACCAUGAACGAGCGCCACAGCUAUCGACUGAUGAGGGACCUCUUUGCUCACAAGGAUGCUAUCUUCGACGAACUCAAGCGCCAGUCUAGCAGCCUGGGAUUGGGAGCUGGAGGCCAGCCUCGUCUCCGGGCAAUCAGCACGGAUGAAAGCAACCGUCGGGCAGCUAUGGAAGCCCGUAACCGUGCCAUCGCCAACCGCAGCCGUGCGACUAGUCCGGCACCGGGGAGCCGACACCGUCGGGACCGCUCUACCGAUGGAUCUAGAUCAACGAGAUUCCCUAUCAACCUCAACAGCCCGAAGACCAAGACCAGACACAGCCUAGAAGUUCCGAGCAGCAACGAGUCUUCUCCUGCCGGGGACCGCAAUCUCACCAAGCUACAGCACAACGUUGAAGAGGCCAUCAACGGCGCCAGUUCCGAGUCUGCUAACUCUGAAACGACGUCUGCAGCAGCCAAUUCCACCGAGACGGAAGCCACUAAUGGAUCUGAUGACUCGCCCACCCCAACUCCUACUCCGGCCCCAGUUCCCAGCGGCACUGUUGAAGUCGAAAAGCGCGAUUCUCUCACUCGCAUCGCUGGUCGCGUUAGCCGCAAGCCAGGCCUCAGCCGCGGAAGCGUCACGAGUCUGGGUAGCGGCACCGGCAGCAACCGCAACAGCGUCGUCGAAGCAUCUGAGCCUCUGAAACCAGUCACUCUUGAGGACAAGCCGAUGGAUGACUAGAUCUCUUGCUUCUCAACCAAAUGAUGGCUGCAAUGUAAAUUUUAGCUCAGGGGUGAGAAAUCUAUGUAUCUACGCGCUUGAUGUACCUUAACCAACCUACUACAACCCCAAAGACAUGUAUCUCUAUACAUACGUAUGUCCGCAUGGCUUUGACACGCAGAGAACAAGAAAAAACCACCUCAAACGAAGGAGAAUACCAAAAAAGCAGGCUUCUAUCGCGAACUAGGAAACCUAUCUUCCUUCCUGCUCAGCCUCCUUGUCUGCUCUUGCUCUGUUAUGUCAAGAAUUUCUUCUCCUUAUUUGUCUUCUUUCUUUCAUGUAUUACCUUGGGGCAAAUUCGAUACCAUA